AUGUCUCUCACCCACGCCCAGGAAAUCGAGUUCAAGGAGGCCUUUGCCCUCUUCGACCCCACCAACUCUGGCACUAUCCAGCCCCAGGCCUUCACUAACUUCCUCGCCCUCCUCAACAACCCCGAGUUGGCCAGCAAGGUUACCCUCCCCACCCAGCCCUUGGACUUCAAGGCCUUCACCGCCCUCUUGGCCAACAACCACAAGGGAGCCGAGACCUCCGAUGAGGCCUACGUUGCUUUCUUCAAGUCCAUCAACAAGGAUGGUUCCGGCAAUGUCUCCGCUGCCGAGCUCCGCUCUUCCCUCCAGCACUUUGGCAACAGCGCCCUCUCCGAGGCCGAUGUUGACGAGAUUGUCCACGAAGCCGAUGUCUCUGGCGAUGGCCGUGUCUGCAUCGAGGAGUUCUUGAAGAUCAUGCAGAAGUCCGAGAAGAAGCUCCGCGGCGAGCACAUUGUGUAA